UACAAUAUUUAGGGACUAGAGGGGAAGAAGCUGGAGAACGAAGGCCUGGAGAUGCAAGAGAAAGGUCUAGAGUAGGGUGCCAUGAAAACUGAGAUCCGACAAAUGUUGUAAAUAAGGGUGUUGAAAACAGUGUUUUAUGCCAAGAGGCUGAGUAGAAUGAGGACCAAAAAAUAUUUGAUUUGGCAGUGUGGAUGCAGCUGCUAACCUUGGAAAGAACAUAGUGGACUGGUGAGAUCUGCAGAGUGUAUGGAGAAUAAAGAUAGGUUGUGUUCUGAGAAGUAUGGCUUUGAAGACUAGAAUAGAAAUAGUAGGUAGGCUAGGAAUAGAGAUACUGGGAUGAGAGGUAUUUUUGAAAGAUGGGAGCUUCUAGAUUAUGUUUUAAUACUUAGGAUAAUGAUCCAGUGGAGAAAAGGAGGUUGAAGAAGCAAGAGAGGUGAUCAGAGAUGGUGCAAAACCUGGAGGAAAAAUAGGCACCAGGAGGUGGGAUCACCAAUGUGUGUGGAAGGAAGGACUUCGAUAGGAGAGGGCACUUCUUUGUUUCAGGAGAAUGAUUAAUACAGAUGAAGGCAAGACUGUAGGUUAUUAGCGGGGAGAUAAAGUAACUACUAUCUGUUAGCUUGUAUUUCAUGUUUUCUUGAUGAAGUAUCAGGCAAUCUUACCAAGCCUAUCAGAUGAGAAAGAGAGAUAUAAAGAGAGAGAAAAAAGUUAAUGUUAAGAACCUUCUUAGUCCUUCGUCUCUCCAUGGCUUCUGUUAAACUGAGCUCCUGAAAUCAAGACUAAGUCUUUUAGAAUGCUUUCCCUCUAUGAUUUCCGCUUCUUUCGAGGUGGUAGAUGAAAUAUUCAGUGGGAUCCUACUUGUAGAUCCAACCAUUUUAAUAAUCUUCAGUGGUCCUAGUUCACCUCCUCAGCUGUGCUGAUGUCAUGAAAACCAGCCUCGACCUCACAAACUACCCCUUGAUGAUGCUGACAGCUGGACUACUAAUACCCAACUUGCUGUGCCGCUUCUUCAUCUUUCCUUGGUGCCAACCAUGCCUGCAUAUCAGGGCAGCAUUCCAUGAUCCCAUGGCUCUCAGGUCAACAAACCACAACACUAAGCCAGCAAUGAUACGGCGUCCACCAACAGUUGUUUGCUACAUUUGUGGUCGUGAAUAUGGAACAAAAUCUAUUAGCAUUCAUGAGCCACAAUGUCUGAAAAAAUGGCAUAAUGAAAACAACUUGUUGCCUAAAGAGUUAAGGAGACCAGUACCUAAAAAACCAGAAGUCAGGACCAUUACUGCCAAAGGCUUCUAUGAUCUUGAUGCUUUAAAUGAAGCUGCUUGGACAAGUGCCCAGAGCCAGUUGGUUCCCUGUAAUGUUUGUGGGCGUACCUUCCUGCCAGACAGACUGAUUGUUCACCAACGAUCUUGUAAACCCAAAGCCGCCAAGUAAAGCCCUUUUCUCUCUA